CAAAGAAUUCUUCCUGGUUUCACGAAGAAAAAGUAACUUCAACAUGCAGGUAUCACGUCUGCUUUAAAAACAAGGAGGAUGAAGAGACAAACAUCAGGAGAAGCAGAUCAACACGAGCAGCAUAAUAAUAUGGAGAUCAGUAAUGUCAGUUUAGAAAUGAACAGAGAGGAUGAUCAGCUGAAGACUGAAGAAAGAGAAGAUCAACAUGACCAGCAGAGAGAGCAGAGCCAUUGUUCCCAGUUCUGCUCACAAGAGAAGUCAGAGCAAAGAGAGAGAGAGCCACCAGACAUGAGCUCUACUUCUCCUCUGAGGAUUCUUCUUCUGGGUAAAAGUGUGUCAGAAAACAGCCGUGUGGGAAACUUGAUCUUGGGUCGAUCAGCGUUUGACAGUGAAGCUCCUUCAGAUGUUGUGGAGAGAGUCGGAGGAAGACUGAAGCACAGACAAGUGACGCUCAUCAACAGUCCUCAGCUGCUCCACACAAACAUCUCAGAUGAUCAGAUCACACAGACGGUCAGAGAGUGUGUGAGUCUGUCUGAUCCAGGACCUCAUGUGGUGCUUCUGCUUCUCCAACAUCAGCAGUGUUCAGCAGAAGAUCAAGAGCGUGUGGAGAAGCUGCAGGACUCUUUCUCUGAGCGCCUUCUUCAACACACCCUGGUGCUCAGCACACAAGAGCCCACUGAACCCAAUCAGAUCCUGCAGAAGAUCAUCCAGACGUGCUCAAACAGACACUUCAGUCUUCAGAGAAGCAGCUCUGCUGAUCAUCUUCUGCAGGCCUUUGAGGACAUCGAGCAGAGCAAUGAGGGACGACACCUGAUUUCUGGAGACUCACAGUGUUCCACAGUGGAGAAACGGGACACACAGACACACUCUGAGAAGCUGAAUGUGUUGGUGUGUGGGAGCGACGGCUCACUGAAAUCCUCCAUCUCAGAGCUGAUCCUGCAACACACUCACAGAAGAUCAGAGAGUGUGAGGACAGACGUGGAUCUUCAUGGUCGUCUGAUCAAUGUGCUGGAGCUUCCAGCUCUGUUCAACACUGGGCUCUCAGAGGAGGAAGUGAUGCGUCAGACUCUCCGCUGUGUGUCUCUCUGUCAUCCUGGAGUUCAUGCUUUCCUCUUCAUUAUUUCUGACGCUCCACUCAAUAAUGAAGGCAGAGCAGAAAUGGAGGAGAUCCAGAAGAUCUUCAGCUCCAGAAUCAACAAACACAUCAUGAUCCUCAUCAUGCAGAAUCCAGAGCAUCAGACAGCAGAACUCAAUGAAGAAACACAGGCUGUCAUUCAGAGUUUUGGAGGAAGACAUCAUUACUUUAAUCCCAGAACACAAGAGUCCACAUUGAUGGAGAACAUUGAGAAGAUGCUGGAUGAAAACAGAGGAGGUGUUUACUCCACAGAGACAUUUCUAGAGGUGCAGAUGGAAAAACUGGUGAAAUACGAAGAGAUGAAGAAGAAAAUGAACUCACUGGAGACACAUGUCCUAUCACAAGGUUCAAGAGUAAACACAGAUGACGAACUGAGGAUUGUUCUUCUAGGGAAAUCUGGAGUUGGGAAAAGUGAGACUGGAAACACAAUCUUAGGAAGAAAGUCUUUUACAGCAGAAACAUCUCACCAACCAGUGACUAAAGAGACUCAGAGAGAAACAUGUGAAAUCAAUGGUCGACAGGUUACUGUGGUCGACACUCCAGGAGUGUUUGAUACUGAACUCACUGAAGAGGAGAUCCAGAGAGAAAUCAGACACUGCAUCUCCAUGAUUCUGCCUGGACCACAUGUGUUUCUCCUGCUGGUUCCACUGGGGCGAUUCACUAAAGAGGAGGAAACAUCAGUGAAGAUCAUCCAGGAGACGUUAGGGGAAAACUCUCUAAUGUUCACCAUGGUGCUCUUCACCAGAGGAGACUCUCUGGGAAACAAAUCUAUUAGUCAGUGUUUGGGUAAACCUGGAUCUCCUCUGAUGAAUCUGAUUGAAGCUUGUGGACACAGAUAUCAUGUGUUCAACAAUAAUCAGCCUGAAGAGCGAACACAAGUGUCUGAUCUACUGGAGAAGAUAGACAACAUGGUGAAGGCAAACGGAGGAAGCUUCUACUCAUGUAAGAUGUUCAGAGAGAUGGAGAGAGAGAAACAAGAACAGCAGAUGAAGAUCCUGAUGGACAGAGUCAGAGAAACUGAAGAAGAGGUGAAGAAACUAGAAGAAGAGAAAGAGAGAAUGAAGAUUAUGAUGGAGGAGGAACAACAGAAUCAGGAGAAAGAGAGAAAGAGGAGAGAAGAAGAACUGAAGAGAGAAAUAAGAGACGGAGAGAAACAUCAGAGAGAGAUGAAAGAGAUGAAGAGAGAACGAGAGACAUUUAGACACGAAAUGGAGGAAAUUGGGAGAGAAAAAGAGAAACUGCAGAUCCAAUAUGAGACAGAAACAGACAGACUGAUGAAGAGAAUAGAGACUGAGAGGAAGAAAAGAGAAAAGGAGUUUACAGAAAAGGAAGAAAAGUAUAAAACACUGAUAAAAGAGAAAGAGAGAGAGAUGAAAGAGGAGAUGAAGAGAGAACGAGAGGAAAUGAGGAAAGAAAAGGAGAAACUUCAGGUCAAAAAUGAGACAGAAACAGACAGACUGAUGAACAGAGUAGAAGAUGAGAGACAGAAUCAUGAAAAAGAGAGAAAGAAAAGAGAGGAAGAGUUUAAUGAAAGAGAAGAACAACAUAAAAGAGAAAUGAAAGAGAAGGAGGAAAAGAUGAAGAGAGAACGAGAGGAAUGGGAGAAACAAAGACAAGAAGAAAAGAUAAGAAGAGAUGAAGAGGAUGAUAAAAGAAGAGAGAAAGAGCAGAGAGAUCGAGAUGAGUUUAAUGAGAAACUGAAAGAAGAGAAAGACAGAAUGAAGAGAGAGAAGGAAGAUCUUCAGUCUAAACAUGAAGAAAAAGAAAACAGCAUGAAGAUCCAGAUUGAACAAAUGAACGGAGAAAGAGAAGAACUGAUGAAGAGACAUGAAGAAGAGAAAGAGAGAAUGAAGAUGAUGCAGGGAGAACGACAGAAUCAGGAGAAAGACAGAAAGAGAAGAGAAGAAGAACUGAUGAAGAAACAUGAAGAAGAGAAAGAGAAAAUGAAGAUGAUGAUGGAGGAAGAACAAGAUAAUCAGAAGAAAGACAGAAAGAGAAGAGAAGAAGAACUGAUGAGGAAACAAGAAGAAGAGAAAGAGAGAAUGAAGAUGAUGAUGGAGGAAGAACGACAGAAUCAGGAGACAGAGAUAAAUAGGAGAGAAGAAGAUUUCAGAGAGAGAGAAGAGCGAUAUAAAAGACUGAUUAAAGAGAGAGAGCAGAAGGAGAAGGAACUGCUUGAACAGAUGAAGCUGGAGCGAACGCACAAACCAGAGGAACGACUGAGGAGAGAAGAAGAGGAGAAAGAAGAAGAGAAACAGGAAUCUGAACACAAGAGACACCAAAGUCCAGUUAGUGAUCAGACAACAGCAGAAAUAAGAAAACCUAACUCUUCAAUGAUGUAUCAGACAUUACAGAAAAGGAGAGAUGAUGAUGAUCAAGAUUGUCUUAAUCAUGAACACCAGCUGUUGUUGAUUGGCAAAAGUGGAUGUGGGAAAAGCAUCACAGGAAACAUGAUCUUCAAUGCUUCAGUGUUUGAGUCCAGGAAAAGCUCUUCAUCAGUGACGAGAGUCAGUCAAACACACACUGGAUCUGUGAAUAACCGCAGACUAACAGUGGUCGAUACUCCAGACUUCAGAUUCUCCACACACACUGACUUUGACUCAAACUCUGAGCUGAAGAGAGCUCUUCAGUUAUGUGCACCAGGAGCUCAUGUUAUUCUGCUCUUUCUGCCUUUAAGCACCUUCACUGAGCAGGAGCAGGAGUUCAUCCACUGGUUUGAGCAGAAGUUUGGUGCAGAAGCUCUCAGAUUUACUCUGGUGCUCUUCACUCACGCAGAUAAACCACACAUGAGGACACUAGGAGAACUGAUCAGGGGAAACACCCAAUUAUCUGAUUUCAUUAAUCGGUAUGGUCACAGAUAUCAUGAGUUCAACAUUAAAGCUCCAGCAAACAGUCGACAGGUGACUGAACUGAUGGAGAAAGUAGAGAGACUGGUGUCUGAGAACUCACACUAUUCCUAUACACUGGAGAUGAUGGAGGAGGAGGAGAAGAGGAGAAAAGAGAAGGAGAUGAAAGAGGAGGAGGAGAAGAGGAGAGAACAUCAGAUUACAUUAGAGAGAGUCAGACAAGAGACUGAGAUACAGGUCAGGAGAGAAUAUGAGGAGGAAAAACAGAGGAGAGAAGAGGAGAUUAGAAAGAGAGAAGAGCAGAUGGCAUUAGAGAGAGACAGACAAGAGACAGAUAUACGAGUCAGGGGAGAAUGUGAGGAGAAACAGAGCAGAGAGAAUAGAGAUAGUCAACAUCAGAGAGCAACAGAGCUAAAACAAGAACAUGGGCCAAAAAAUGAAUGUAUUUUAAAUUGAUUAAUUCAAGUUUAUUUCUGUAGCGCUUUUCACAUUAAUUAUCAUUCCAAAGCAGCUUUACAAAAUGAACAUGCUAUUAUAUUUGAUAAAACCUUAACUUUUUCUGAUUUUGAUCAUAUACAUAGCUACUAGGGUUGGGUGAUGUCGACCAAUUUGGUAUCGUAUGAUGUCUAAUAUGAAACAUUGCGAUGGACGAUGGCAUCGUCGUCAUAGGCGGGGGUGAAUUAAUUAUUAAUAAAUAAUUAAUUCAUAAUAAAUUGUGAAAUCAAAUGAAGUGUGUGUGGUCACGUGAUGUGCGUUUUCAGCAGUAGUGUGCAAGGAAGGAGGGCUGCUCAGAAAUGCUAGGUGAAACACCAGUGUGGAUGUGGAUCGUUUUCGUUCUAAAAUGCUAAUUUAAAACUAAGACGCAUUAAUGUAAACGGGGGAGUGUGUAUUAUUCGCGAGCGGAUUUGCAACAGGGGCGGGGCAGAGGAUCGCUAUGCCGGCUCAGCAUCGUGGUGUCUGUCAGCCAUCGACGUAUCGUCUAUCGGCCCAACCCUAAUAGUUACCUUCAGUUAUACAAUAUAUUGUACUUCUCGAAGAGGCCAUAUAUAAAUGUAUAAAAUACAUUAUAAAUCUGAUCGUAACAAUAACUUAGAACAAUUUGUGUAUCAAAACUUUGUGUAUUAAAUCUUCAUGUCCUUAAAGGGUUGGCAUGAUCUCUUCACAGAUCUUUGAUACACUCUAGAGGCCUCGGGAUGGGCAUAUAUAAACGGCAAAAAAUUAGCUUAGCUGCUCUUCAUAAUUUCUUUUACAUUGACAUUAAUAUGUCUUGUUCAAAUAAUGCAUUUGAAGAGAUGUAUUCAACUGUAUCCUAUCGUUAUGCAAUGCAUUGAGUGUAUGCUUUACUGAACAGAUAGGUCUUUAAUCUAGUUUUGAAUUGGGAGAGUGUGUCUGAGCCUCGGACGUUAUCAGGAAGGCUAUUCCAGAGUUUAGGAGCUAUAAAUGAGAAGGCUCGACCUCCUUUACUCGACUUUGCUUUUCAAGGUACUACCAGAAGCCCUGAGUUUUGAGAUUUUAAGUAACCGGGUUUCAUGAAAGUGGUUUUGAAAAGUGUGGAUUAAAGUCAAAAGCCUGACUUCAAUGAGCUGAACUAAACGUCCACGCUGAAACUGGUUCCAUAACAGCAAGUUGAAGAUCAUUUGAUCUGACUAAUCUGAGUUCAGUUGAAAUAAUCUAGAUACCUGCUCGUGCACAUUACUGUCGUAAACCCCUAAUGCUCGAGCGUAGAUGCAUCGAUUAUGUUGUGUGCUACCAUGGCAACGAGAACUGAAAGAGCUCUGAAAUGAGACACAGCUGUUCACAGCGAGUGAGCCGCAUUGGUUUUUAGAGGUCAAACAUAUAAUAAUUUAAACAUAAUAAUCAAAAACUACAGUACGGCUUGCAACAAAGCAAGAGAGAAGGCUGACAGGAAAUUGCAGAUUUUAAAAUAUAGGCCAAUAUUUAGGUUAAAUUAAUUUUUGUCACAAUACAUUGCGCUGCGUGCAUGAGAGAAGGAGAGAAUGUGCGCUUAGCCUACUACCAAUUGUUGCUUGCAAUAAAGAAGUUAAUGCAUUACAGGCUCCCUGUAACAUUCAAAAUGUGCUUAACGUCACCACAUUAACUUUAAAACGCUGGGUACAAAGAGCCGUACACGCAGAAGUGGCACGAUUCUUCAUUUGCUCCCGAAUCUGCUGCAAAUAGCUGCUUUCCCUUUAACACUUGUGUUUCCGCAGCCAAUGGGAAAAUACCUUUUUAUUAAAGUGAGGCUACUGCUCGACCCUAUAUAUAUAUAUAUAUAUAUAUAUAUAUAUAUAUAUAUAUAGCUAAGUAAACCCAUCACAGAUCUCUUUUUUAAAUUAAUAUUUUCUAUAGGAUGCUUUACAAUAAUAUCUAUGUGCAAAAAGCUACAUUUUGAACUAGUCUAACAAAAAAUAAACUGAAGAUCAAAGUCCAAGAUCAAAGUCACAGAAACAUUAAAAUAUAUAAAAUUGAAAUGUAGUUUGUAUUUUUUUGUUUAAUAUGUAUUAAAGAUGUUUGAUAUAUAAUAUACAUACUAUUAAGUGACUGUAAAGUUUAAUCAUUAUUAAGAGGUUAAGUGAAUUAAAAUGGCAUCAAAUUACAGCAGGUGAAUUUUAAUAAUAGCUUGAUUAAGCUUGAACUUAAGACUUCAAGCCUGAGAGUUAGCCUGCCCCGGACCAGCGGUGCAUUUCCCAAACAACAAUGUAACUCGCGGCUGAACUAUCAUAGUACGAUGCAUUGUUUGGGAAAAGAAUGAUGUAGUGAUGAGUGUUUCCCAAAACCCGUAGUUUCUCUGUCACAGAUCUAUCGCUUGAACCAUGUUAGUUAAUUUGUAAAAUGUCCAUGACGCUCUAAACAGGGCAGAGGAACUACUUCUUUAUAGAGAAUCCCAUAAUUUUUUGUGCAAAUUAUAUUGUUUUACACAAACACACAUAAAAUAAAAUCCAUAUCAGUUUUAGGCCUAUGUUUUCUUUCUAAUAUUAUUGAGAACAUUACAUAUUCUAUUCUAAAACAUAAAAACAGUCACAAAAGCUAACACGUAUUCAAAUCUCAUAUAAAUCAAAUAAAUAAAUAAAUGAAUAAUAAGGGUACUUAUUAUAAAAUAGAAUGUAAUAUUUAUUAUUUAUUAGAAAUGAAAAUAAUCAUACUUUAAUAAUAAUAAUAUUAAUGAUGAUGAUGAUUAUUAAGUAGGAUAUUGUUUAUUUUAUUUUAUUUUUUGGAAAAGUCUACUUCUACAAUUUGGCACUUGUAAACCACAGCAGAAAGUUCUAACCAGCAGGCCCAUGUCAUGUACAGUACAGAUACUUCAUAAAUAACCUACUAUAAAUUAAAAGCUUUAAAGUAUGUUUUUAGUUUUCACAAGCUUUGGAGACGUAACAUAAAUUCCGCUUUUAAAUAAUAGGUCACCUAUAGCUUUCAUCAUGAGGCUGUGUUCAAAAUGACAUCAAUGUUUUUAAAGUGCACUGCGAAGGGAGCGCAACUGUAAACAUGAAGAUCGCUAAAACUGACCUGUAAAAAUAAUCUGAAAGCAAAUUACACCUAAGAGAGAUGAGCUUAAUGCUUUUUAUUUUUAGUAAUUCCAACUUUGAAUGUUAGAAUGUUAAAUGAAUAGGGCAUAGGGGGGAUAACUGGGAAUAGAACACAGCCAUGAACUAUGUUUCUAACUACAGCUCCAGAGGUGUAGUUGCGAGUGCUCAAGUUUGCGAAUGUUCGUUGGAGCGAUGGAUUUGGGAAACGGCAAAUCAACAAACCAUGUUUGUAACAACGGAACUUGCGACCUUAGUUGGCUAACGAUGGUUUUGAACUAUCAUAAAUUUGAUUUAUGAAACCGAAUCCGCCAUUAAUAAACCUGACUUACCAACAUAAGUCUAGCUUUUUCUGUAAGCUUGGUUUAUGGAACAUCUACAAACGUCCUGUCACAACCUAUGGCUUUAGUGCCCAUCUUGGCCACUAUGGACUCUAAAUUCGAUGUUCCUUUGUUUUCUUGAUUUGUCUUUUGAUUUCAGCUGCAACUUGUUAUCCUGUUUAGUUCUGUGUGUAUUUUUAUGUCUGUUUAAUUUGUCUUUUUGUUGCUUUUGUAUAACUUUUCUUCUGCUCUCCUGUUGGGAGUUAUUUUGAUUUUGUUUUAAUUGUUUGUCUGUUCAAGUAUUUUUCAUGUUUUGCCUUGUGUUUUUCAUGAAUUAUUCUUUGUUUGUAAUCACCUGGAUUACAACUUGGUUAAAUAAAAG